AACCACAACAAUGGAAACCAUGAACGCCACCAAGACAGACUACUGGAACUUUCUAUUUAUCGAAUUAGCCGAUGAACGAACUAAUGACUGGUUUUUGGUGAAAUCACCAGUACCACUGUUUACAUUGAUUGGCUUAUAUUUAUACUUUGUAUUGUCAUGGGGCCCCAAAUACAUGAAAGACCGCAAGCCAUUCCGAUUGGAGAAAACUCUGAUGGUUUAUAACUUCUUCCAAGUGGCCCUAAGUGUGUGGAUGGUCUACGACGGUGUGAUGAUUUGGAAGGAUUAUAACUGGAGAUGUCAACCCGUCAACCGUUCCAGAACUCCCAUGGCGUACCGGGAAGCCCGAGGUGUUUACGUGUACUUCAUCGCCAAAAUUACAGAGCUGCUGGACACCAUAUUCUUCGUGCUACGCAAGAACGAACGCCAGGUGACAUUCUUGCAUGUAUACCACCACUCUGUGAUGCCAUUAAUUUCUUGGGGUGCUACCAAAUACUUCCCUGGUGGUCAUGGCACCUUUGUCGGCUGCAUUAAUUCCUUCGUACACAUAAUUAUGUACACCUACUACUUCCUGUCGGCCUUUGGUCCUCAAAUGCAAAAAUAUUUGUGGUGGAAGAAAUACAUCACCAACUUGCAAAUGAUCCAAUUCUGCAUUAUUUUCAUCCACCAAACUCAGCUAUUGUACACCGAAUGCAAUUACCCUCGCUGGUCCGUCUGCUUCACAUUGCCGAAUGCGGUCUUCUUCUUCUUCCUCUUCAAAGACUUCUACCAAAAGUCAUAUCAAAAGAAAACUGCUGCAGCAGCUGAACUCAAGCGUAAGGCCGCUGAACAGGCUGCUGCCAACAACAACAACAACAACAUCAGCGGUUUCGUUCCAGCCGAGCCGAAGAAGGUCCUCUAA